GCUUUAUUCUUCUUCAACCAACAAAUCCUUCUUCCGGGGCGCGGAUAUUGUUGGGCUGCCAUCUGCUCUUUUUACGUUCAUCAUUACAGUAGUUAAUUUUGAUCUACUGGUUCGACAUGCCAAUACCCAGAUUCAAAUAACUCUGUGGCCAAUCGUUGCUGCCACUUUUCUACUAUGUUCAAAAUUUUGGGCAGAUAGAACCAACAAGGACGCAGCAGAUCUUGUUCCAUUACGUUCAAUAAUCAUCGAUAGCACUGGAUCUGAAUAUCAAAAGAGUUCCACAAUUCUUCUAGCGGUUAAGGCAUAUAUUUGCUGGGGAUGCGUUUGGUGUUCACAGAUUACCACUGAACGGGGGUUUGCUAUUGUCAACUUCAUCUUGGAGAUCCCUUCAGCUCUACUUGACCAGCUUUCCUCUGAGCCUAAAUCUCAAUAUGCGCUGAUAUUAAUGUUGCUGUCAUUAUGUUCCUCAAUUCUUUGCAUUUUGGAGCUUUGGUACAAAGGGAAAACAGAAAGAGUUACCUGGAGCUGGAAGUGGAUCAUUGGUAAGGUGCCUUGGCCUUACCCCAACAAGCCUUUCUUCAGCUUCUGGGAUAAGGUUGGAUUGACAUCUGCUGUGGUUCAGCUCAUCCUUGCAACAAUUAAUUAUGUUUUUGUUGUUCAACAGAUAGGCCAGGUCACAAUAUGUGUGUUCCCUAUCGUUUUUGGUCUCGUUGGAUCAUUUCCCAAAAUUUAUGAUGGUCAACACAAGACAGAGGGGGACGGAAACGUUGAUGAGGAAGAUGAAGUUGCCCUCAUUAAUCAAACACAGACAGAAAGUGAAGAAGAGAAAAGUGUCCUCAUCAAGAAUCAAAGUCACAGAAUGAACCAAGAGGAGCACCCAAAGGCAGAAGGAAGUGUUGUUCAAUAUGAUAAAACUACCCACCCUAAUCUAAGACAGAGAGCGAGAAAAGCGUCAGUCCCAAAGGAAAUAGAAGAGCCAUCUUGGGUUAAUGGAGCGAAGAGGUGUUCGAAUGAACUCGAAACGGUGAAGAAGUCUUUGAACGAACUCUCUGAAAGAGCGUGUAAACUAAUGAAUAGGAAUGAGACUGUUCUAAUAGUAAAGAAAUAUUCGGCUACACCAAAAAAAGAAAGAAUCGAACGACGUCUGACGUUUUGGGAUCCUGAUGAUUUAAAGGAAUUCAAAAGAGUGCAGAGUCUUUUGGAUAACAUCCAGAAUGAGAUUAAAAGUGAAGAGAUGAAAUUUGUAGAAAUCAAGGAGGCGAAUGAGAAUAUGCUGGAGGUGGAAUUGAAUAAACUCAAGAGGUUUUCCACAAUGGGAGAGUCAGAUCAAUAUUCACUGGCAGAAGAGUCUUUGGAUGAACUCAAGAAGAAAAAAUGGGCUGCGCUGGCGAAGAAGUCUUUGGAUGAAAUCAAGAAGGGUGAGCAGUCUCUGGAUGAAGUCAAGAAGAAAGUGGUUUCAUUCAGCGAAAAAAUUGCAUCACUGCAGAAAGCAGUGGCACUCAAGACACCUCCUCCUCCUCCUCCUCUCGCCGCCAAAAUAUUAAUUCCCCAUUAAAAAAUAGAAGAGGGAAAGGGUGACAAACUCUGAAAAAGCGGUCUGUCAUGUUUAGAUAGCACCACCUCUCUCCCUAGUCACUUCUGCGCUCCUUUUCUGAGCGCAUUAUCUUUCUUCUUGUCUGCUGUUUAAUAAGUACCAUCUUUCCCCACACGGACUCCUACACCCCAGCAAUUGCUACUUUCCUCUCUUUUGUCCUGAACGGCAUCAAGAAUCUCUGUUUUAUCUUCGACUAUUCUGUUGUCGAAGUCUUCAAGUUUGAAUUUACUUUCCAUCCUUGGAAUCCUCCUUUUACUAAAUAUGUCUUCGAGAU